AAAAUACUCAUCCCUUUCAUCAUUCACAUAAUAAAUCUCGUGCUUCUUGUAAAAUCCUCUCUCUCUCUCAUGACACCCUCCUCCAGAUGCUGAUUCCUAAAGCUUCUUUGGAAACCCUCAAAAAGAGUUAUCCUUUUAUACCCUUUCGGUGAUUAGUUUCACCUGCUUUCGCUCUCUUUCCUCUGCUUUCCCUUUACCCUUCCCUAAACACAUCGUAAAGAAAAGGAUCUAGCGCAAUCCAGCCACAAUGUUAAAUUUAAUCUCCCUCACCUUGCAUAAUUGUUCCUUCAGUUUCGGAAAACGCACCUAGCUCAUAUCAUACACACCCUACACAAACAAAACACACGACCAAAAGCUAAAGCUGCAAUUUCUGACUUCUCAACCCCAUAAUUCCCACACCUCUCUCUCUCUCUCUCUCUCUCUUUCACUCACUUUGACUCCAAACCCAUCACCGUUUCAACCAACCCCCUCACCCCAUUUCAUAAAUUUCGAAACUUUUUCGCGGCUACCCCAACAUUUCGAGACAACUCAUUUCACUCUCUCUGUUCCCCAUAAACAGAGUUCCCCUGUUCCGAACUAAACCUCAUGGCAGUAGAAGUGUGCUCCGAGAUAUCCAGCACGGGAAUCAGCCCUCGAAUCUCAUUCUCACACGAUCUGAAGAACACAGAGGAUGCAUCGGUUCGUGUUGAAGAUCCUCACCGUGGAUCAGACUUGUGCCUCUUGGACUCAAGCUCUGACUUCGUGUUCUGCAUCACCAAUGGCUUAGCUCAACAACUCUCUUCAGCCGAUGAACUCUUCUCCAAUGGAAAAAUUAUCCCGACGGAGAUCAAGAGAGUUUCCAACAAACCUUCUCAAUCUCAACUUGCAACCACGGAAAAGAUUCAAAAGAAGAGGCUCAAGGAGUUCUUGUCUGCAUCCUCUGAUGAAGCAGAGAACGAAGAAGAGAAGCCAUCUUCCAAGUAUUUCUGGCAAUUCAAGCGCAGCAGCAGUUUGAAUUUCGAUACUACUCGUGGGAAUGGCUUGAUUCGCUCACUGCAGUUCCUAUCACGAAGCAACUCAACUGGUUCGGCGCCGAAUCCGAAACAAACAGAGCUUCCGAGGGAAACUCACAAACAGAGGCUGCAGAAACAGUCCUCUGUUUCAAGUAGAAGGUCAUCAUCUUCCUCUUCGAGUUCAAGUACAUAUUAUUUUUAUAGUUCGUCUCAAAAGCCUUUUUUAAAGAAAAACGGUGGAUCUUCUGGUAAUGGUGUUAGGAUUAGUCCUGUAUUGAAUCUACCGCAAGCAUAUAUUCCCAAGGCCACUGCCAGAUUUUUUGGAUUUGGUUCUCUGUUCUGUAAUGGAAAGAGUAAAAGAAAUAAGAAAUAGGGGAAUUAAUAGUCUUUUUUUAUCUUUUUGUUUA